AUGUCGGAGAGUGAAAUCGAAGAUUUUGCGAACUUUUUACAGGAGACUUCGCAUUUGGAUCAAAAUUUGAAAAGCCAAGAUCCUGAAGAGUAUGACGAAGAUGAACCAGCUUCCGAUAACGCUUGGGAAGAGAGUGGCAAAUUCGAGGGAGACCUCAUCUUAAAUGACCGACAACGGCGAAUGAUCGUAACUAAUGUAGUCGAAGGACUCGCUCGAAAUGGACUUACGGACAGCACAAAGCGUUGGCCCAACAACGAAGUUAUUUACUUUAUACAAAGGGAGCACUUCAAUUUAGAUCAAGUACAAGCAAUUCAAGAAGGUAUAGAUGAUUUAGCCCGAGCGUCUUGUAUUAAAUUUACUCCUUAUAAGAAAGGGGACCGGGAUGCUGUUGUUAUUCAAGGAAGUAGACGUGGUUGUUUCUCCCAAGUGGGCUACCAAGGAGGUUAUCAGGUCCUGAACUUAUCUGGUCGACAUCCAGUCGGCCGCGGCUGCUUCCGACAUGGCACAGUAGUACAUGAACUUCUUCAUACCCUCGGCUUCUACCAUAUGCAGAGCAGCCCCGACAGAGACGACUACAUCAACGUAAUGUGGGAGAACAUUAUAGAAGCGGCGAGACACAAUUUUCGCAAGUACAACUCGUUUGCUGUGUCCGAUUUCGGCGUGGGUUACGACUAUGAAAGUGUACUGCACUAUAGCCGAAAAGCUUUCUCCGUCAACGGACAAGACACUCUCGUCCCAAAACAGAGCGGAGCAGGCAUUGGCCAAAGAGUUGGUUUAUCUCAGAAGGAUACACAGAAGCUGAAUAAAAUGUACUGUGAUGCUGAUUCAGACGUAUUCUUAGAUAGUGAUUCAUCUAAGCCACCUACCGUUAAAAAGAAGACAGGUAAAAACAAACCAUUCCAAGGCCACGGUAUUGGGUAUCAUCAAGGUAAAGCAGUGGCAAUUCAACUACCUGACGCACAAACAUUCAAUUUGCACGACAUUUCAACCAUUGAUAAGUUAAAUGAUUUUAGUGGAACCGAAGAAACCAGUGUGUCUCAGUUGCCUUUUCAAGGAUUUGGAGUUGCUAAAAAGAUAAACGAUGUAAAUCAAAAUGAAGAUCUUCAAGGUUUGUUACACAGGUUUUCCGAUGUAAUUAAAAAUGACAUGAAACCAACAGACGCCAGAAAAUUUGAUUAUGAUCAAAAUAAUCACAUGCAGGUGAAACCAGCACUUGUUUUGCAACCACAUAUUGGACACGAAGCUAAUCCAGACUAUAUUGAUAUGACUAAAGCUGUUCCGCAAUUUAGUGAUAGUGAACGUGAAAGAAAGCACAAAGAAAAUAUGUAUAAUGAAAAAACAAGUGCGCACUUUGAUUUUCCACGUGACAAAGAACAAAGGCAUAGUGAAAUACCAAAAUUAUUAUCAGUUCCACACUUUAGCGACAGUGACUAUAGAGAAAAACAUAAAGAAAAUGGGUAUAACAAAGAAAGAACUAUCGGGCAUUACGAGUCUCCGCGUGAUAUAGAACAAACACAUAGAUACAAUAUUGAAAAGGUUCAGAAUCCUUAUAAUAAAGAUGCUUUAACACAGAAAGGACCCUCUCUGUAUAGCUCUGACACAUUUACUGGAAGAGAUAGCAACGAUACACCUUAUAAAGAAUCAACACUUUAUGAUGAUAUUCCUAACAGUUACAGAGGAAAUAUCAAUUAUCCACGAAAACAAUUAACAUCUCUUCGAUUCAUCUCGCCCUACAAAAGUCAGAACCAACCAUAUAAUUAUAAGCAACCUGUAUAUUUAGAUAAUAGAUAA